AUGAAGGUCCUUCGGGUCGUGACCUUACUGUUCUUCGCUCUCACGUCGCUCCUGGUGUUCGUGAAGCUCUUCAUCUACUCUCAGCACGAGGGCAUGUUCGAUCCACGAGGAGGCGAGGCCGAGGGGAGAAGACUUCUGCCCGCACCAGCCAGAGAGCUGGGCUCCUUCUUCUCGCUCCAGGGCUCUAGCAACACUAUCUGCCCUUCAAUCCGUUCCUCGGACUGGGUCGAGUUUGACUUCCCUCCCCACCCCCGGAAACCAGCGGGCAACGAGACGAGCAUAUGGGUGGGGGUGAUGGUCAACGACGAGGUGGAGAUGCUGAGGCUGCUGCUGGAGAUGUACAGCAAGACCGUUACGGGGGUGGUGGUCGUACAGAGCCGGCACACGCUGUCGAACCGCAGGAAGAACCUGUCCAUCACCAGGGACGACAUUAGGUUUGCGCCCUUCAGAGACUUCUUCUACCUCGUCUCCAUCGACGGGAGGGCCGAGGGGUUCCAGUACUGGGAGAACGAGGCGCUACAACGAUGCGCCAUCGGAAACGUGGGAUUCAAGAAGCUACCGAUCCAGGACAGCGACGCGGUCCUAGUCACAGAUGUAGACGAGAUCGUGAAGCCUGAGGUCCUGGCCAAGAUGAGCAGCAGCAUCCGGCACAACCAGGCCGUCACUUUCUGCCUCACCUGGCACUUCUCGCACUUCGGGAGAGUUCUGGAGUCAGGAUGCAAAACGGUCAGGGGCCUGGUUUCAGGGAGCUUCCUGAAGAACAUGCUGCAGUACAACACCAACGCAGUCAGGAACGUGGCGGCGAAUCCCAACAACAAGCAUGCGGAGGAGAUCAGUGUCGGGAGUGGGCCGGGCAGGACGUGCGAGCGAGCCGGCAACAUCGUUGGGUGGCACUGCUCCUGGUGCUUCGGGUCGGCGGAGGAGUAUGGGAACAAGAUGAAGUCGUUUGCUCACUCGGAGAUGUCUCCUUCUGCCAGCAACCCCGACCUGAUCCGCGACAUGAUGUGCCAGGGUAAGUGGGUCACGGGAGGGGUCCACGGGAUGGAGCUGGACUGCAGCAUCCCGCCUAUUCAGCUCCCCGACUACUUCCAUGCAUGGAAAAAGAACUGCAGCAAAGGGUCGCCAUGA